GAGUAUAAAAGGAGUGAUUGUUGACGCAUGUGUUAUUAGAGUUUGAAACGAUACAACAAAAGCAGAAUGGCUAUAGUGAUUCUAUCGUUGACACUUCUGUCAUUGGCUAUGACGUCGGCUAUGAGUAUUCCGAAUGGUUACAUUCUGGAUGUUACACCACUUUGUGGAAGCUCUGUCAGAGCUAGACCUGUUGUAAACAUCUUGACAGACUUAAAUAUUCGAGCUGUAGCUAGAUGUGCUAAUGGAGAUCUGAAUUUUACCAAAAUUGAUGCAGCUAAUUACAAACUUGCUGGUAGUUAUGUACAUAGUUCCAGUGGAUGUCUAUUUGUCAAUCAUAAAGGAACAUAUAAAUUAGAUGUAGCUAUAAUGUAUGGUUUACCAGGAUCUGGUUUAUUAGCUAAUGAACAAGUUUAUACUGUAUCAUGUUCUUUCAAUUCUAAAGCUAAAAUCUCGGCUGCUCGUCAUCAAGUAGUCGGAGGUUUGGUGUCUCCUCAUGAAAAGUUAUAUAACGUAGGAACAUCUGUAUCCAGUUCGUAUAUUACAUUAAAUGUACAAGAUAUAAGACGUAAAACUAUAUCUACUAGUAUACCUAUUGAUAAAGUUAUUACUUUAUAUGCUGUAUCUCUAGGCACACUUAAAGAAAUCGGACUUAGGGCCGUGUCUUGUUAUGGUAUUGGUGCCACCAACAAAAAGAGAUACGCCAUUCUGAGAGCUGGUUGUGGUGACGGUCAAGUUAUACCUCACAAUACAGGUUUUAUAACUAAUGGUAGAACGACAAGAAGUCCCUACUUUAAAUCUUUCUAUGUUGAAGGUGAUAAACUUGUAUCGUAUGAAUGUACUUUUCAACUAUGUACAGUCAGCUGCAAUGGAAGCUCGUGUUCAGUUGGCAGUAACUACGUAAAGGGGUGAAGUCGAACAACUCUGAAUUUGUUUAGAAAAUAAAACUUAAAUUCAUUA